AUGCUCAACAAUUUUCGUCAAAUUUUUCCUCGUGUAAUUCGUCCAACGAUGAUGUUGGCUAAUGUUCGUUCAAAAUCAACAGAUGCUGAUAACUCAUCUCUUUCAGCAAAUGUACCAAAAGGUUUAUGGAAACUUGGGAGAUUGAAUCAUUUGGCUGUUGCUGUUCCAAAUUUAGAUGAAGCAAGUAGUUUUUUUAAAAAUGUUCUUCGAGCACAAUCCGUUAGUGGAGCUGUAGCACAAAAAGAGCAUGGUGUUUAUACAGUUUUUGUUGAAUUUGGCAAUACUAAAAUAGAACUUCUACAUCCACUUGGUGACAAUAGUCCAAUUGCAAAUUUCUUAAAAAAAAACAAGAACGGUGGAAUUCAUCAUGUUUGCAUUGAAGUUGAUAGUAUUGAAGCUGCAAUAAAAGAUAUUCGAAAUCAAAAGAUUCGAACACUCAGUGAGAAAACUCAAAUUGGGGCUCACGGUAAACCAGUUAUAUUUCUUCAUCCAAAAGACUGUGGUGGAGUACUAAUCGAACUUGAACAAUCUUAA